AUAGAGAGCCUUCACGCUCAAGAUAACUACAAACACUAGUAGUCAAGAUGGCAGGCUGUAAAUUGAUGUUCGCGUGUUGUGUUUUGGUUGCUUCAUUAGCCAUGUGUAGUUAUGGUAGAGAGAUGAGAGUCCUGACUCUCUCUGAUGAUGACGUGAGUUACGUAUGCCACCCUUCCAGAUUUAUGAAACUUGGAUUGGAGAUGAGCAACUUCGCAUAUUGCGACUCCUCUCUGUCGUUCCAUCUGAGGGCAAAGGACUUGGUGGACCGAUUGACAUUGGAAGAGAAGGUGCAGCAGAUUGGAAACACAGCUCAAGGAGUGGCGAGGAUUGGACUUCCUAAGUACGAGUGGUGGUCAGAAGCACUCCAUGGUGUUUCAAAUGUUGGUCCUGGAACUUACUUCGAUGAUGUUGUUCCCGGCGCUACAAGUUUUCCCACUGUUAUUCUCACUGCUGCAUCUUUCAAUCAGUCACUUUGGAGAAACAUAGGCGAGUUUGUGUCAACUGAAGCAAGGGCAAUGUAUAAUCUUGGAAGAGCUGGAUUGACAUAUUGGAGUCCGAACAUAAAUGUAGUGAGAGAUCCGAGAUGGGGAAGAAUUCUUGAGACGCCUGGUGAAGAUCCAUAUGUAGUUGGUUUGUAUGCUACCAAUUAUGUGAGGGGGCUUCAGGAUGUUAAGGGGACAGAAAAUGCCACCGACUUGAGCUCUAGACCUCUCAAGGUUGCUUCUUGCUGUAAGCACUAUGCUGCCUAUGAUCUUGAUGCAUGGCGUGGAGUGGAUCGAUACCAUUUUAAUGCUAAGGUUACAGAACAAGAUAUGAUGGAAACUUUUCUUCGUCCUUUUGAGAUGUGUGUCAAGGAUGGUGAUGUUUCAAGUGUGAUGUGCUCUUACAAUAGAGUCAAUGGCAUUCCAACUUGUGCCGAUCCUAAUCUUUUAAAAGGCACCAUUAGAGACAAAUGGGAUCUUCAUGGAUACAUUGUCUCCGAUUGCGAUUCUAUUGAGGUGAUGGUGGAUGGUCACAAAUUCUUGGGAGACAAUAAAGAGCAAGCUUCUUCACAAGCCCUUACAGCAGGUUUGGAUCUGGAUUGUGGAACCUACUAUACUGACAGCCUUCAAGGCGCAGUUCUUGAUGGGUUAGUCAAAGAAAAAGAUAUCGAUCGAUCACUCGAGUAUCUUUAUGUUGUGUUGAUGAGGCUUGGUUUCUUUGAUGGAAACCCUGCUUUUCAAUCCCUUGGCAAGGAUGAUAUAUGUUCUGCUGAACAUUUAGAGCUGGCACGUCAGGCGGCAAGAGAAGGAAUUGUACUUUUGAAGAAUGAUGAUGAUACUUUACCUCUCAAUAUUAACCAUGUUAAAAGCAUUGCAAUAGCAGGACCUCAUGGCAAUGCCACCUCUGCCAUGAUUGGAAAUUAUGCCGGUAUUCCCUGUAAGAUGGUUUCACCAUUGGAUGCGUUUACCGCAAUCAACAACAAAAAGGUGACAUUCGAAAUGGGAUGUUCCAAUGUUAUAUGUGCUGACAAUGAUAAUGCUGGAUUGAUUUUUACUGCUAUGCAAUCCGCUAAGGAUGCAGAUGUUACAUUAUUGUUUGUGGGUUUGGAUCUUUCGGUAGAGGCAGAGUCCUUGGAUAGGACUAAUCUCCUCCUUCCAGGGGACCAAACUGACCUCGUCAACCAAGUUGCUGCAACUGCCAAAGGUCCAGUUAUUCUUAUAAUUAUGUCCGCUGGAGGGGUUGAUAUUACUUUUGCUAAAAAUAAUCCAAACAUCAAAUCGAUUUUGUGGGUUGGAUAUCCCGGCGAGCAAGGAGGCCAGGCCAUUGCAGAUGUUGUGUUUGGCAAAUACAAUCCAGGUGGUAGAUUACCUGUGACAUGGUAUGAAGCCGAUUAUGUUAACCAACUACCAAUGACAUCUAUGCAAUUGAGACCAGUUGAGAGCUUAAACUAUCCGGGAAGGACUUAUAAGUUCUUUAAUGGAUCAACUGUUUACCCAUUUGGUUAUGGGAUGAGCUACACCAAAUUUGCAUACAAACUUGUAUCAUCCACUCAAAGGCUGGACAUCACAUUGGCAAAUCACCAGCAUUGUCGUGUGGUGAACUACACGAAUUCCAAAUUUAAACAAGACUGUCCGGCUGCUGGAGUGGACCAACUGGACUGUGAUGCUAAUACAGUGACACUUGAAGUAGCAGUGCAAAAUGUGGGUCCCAAGGAUGGGAGUGAGGUUGUGUUGGUAUAUGCAAAGGCUCCACAGGGUAUUGUUGGAACUUAUAUCAAGCAAUUGAUUGCAUUUGAGAGAGUAUUUAUAGCCGCUGGUGGGACACAAAAUGUCAAGUUUGAACUUGAUCCAUGCAAGAGCUUCAACAUCAUCGAAGACACUGCUUAUAACGUAUUGCCAUCUGGUAUCCAUCGAAUCGAACUUGGAAAUAAUGCCACGAUCUCCACGACUCUGCAAGUUAACAUCCAUCAUUAGGAUUGGGAUUAAGAUUAGGAUUAUAAAGAUAGGAUUUGCUUUCUAGGAUUCUAUUCAUUCUUAUUACCUUUUUACAUUGUCUUUCAUUAAAAAGUUACGUAGGAUGAAAAAGGAUU